AUCGAUUUGACCCGGAAGUGCCGUAGAUUUCCGCUUUGUUCGGGAACCUACCUGGGGCACCGAGGCGCCUAAUACAGCCGCUUAAUAAUCUUUACACAGUAUAAACGAAUUCAAAUAUGUUUUAUCACAUCUCUCUGGAACAUGAGAUUCUCCUCCAUCCUCGAUAUUUUGGCCCAAAUCUGUUAAACACAGUCAAACAGAAGCUCUUUACAGAGGUGGAAGGCACAUGCACAGGAAAAUAUGGCUUUGUCAUUGCAGUGACUACAAUUGAUAAUAUCGGGGCCGGUGUCAUACAGCCCGGCAGGGGUUUCGUGUUGUACCCUGUAAAAUACAAGGCCAUUGUGUUUCGGCCAUUUAAAGGAGAGGUUGUGGAUGCAGUGGUCACUCAGGUUAACAAGGUUGGACUAUUUACAGAAAUUGGCCCAAUGUCCUGCUUUAUCUCACGCCAUUCCAUACCCUCAGAAAUGGAAUUUGACCCGAACUCCAAUCCUCCUUGCUACAAGACAGUGGAUGAGGACGUUGUAAUCCAACAAGAUGAUGAAAUUCGAUUGAAGAUUGUUGGUACUCGAGUAGACAAGAAUGAUAUUUUUGCCAUUGGAUCCCUCAUGGACGACUACCUUGGUCUUGUUAGUUGAUGUGUCUGUCAAAGAGCUGUCAUCUUGCAAUAUGUUUGUAUAUAAAUAUUUUUUUCUGUACUACCUUUUUAAGAAGUGUAGGUCUAGAAUAGAUACUUUUUUAUCUCUCUUUUUCUACGUAUAAACAUUAUUUUUAAGUGGGACCCUCAAACAAAAUGGGAACAGAACAUAAGUAAAGGAGUCUUUUAAUUGCAUUUAAGAUCAGCACAUAUGAUAUACAAUAUCGUUGGGUUUGCCUUAGCUGUCUUGAAAAAAUUGAGGGUCUACAUAACUGAUCUGUAAAAGAAAGUAUUUUGCUUUCUAUGCAUUUUCAUGAGGAACUUAGAGCUAUUGUCAAGCUGUUUAUUCUGUUAAUGACUUCUUACAGAAAGCUGAGCAUAUUUAUUCAGCUGUUUUCUUUGGUUUAAAUACCCAUCUAAGUUGACAUCCAAGUGUUCAUCUUACUACUGUGCUGUACCAACUACAUUGGCAUGCUUUUGCAUUGCAGUGUUUGACUGUAGGCUUUCUGUAUUCAAGAAUACAUGAUUAAGUCUAUAUACUUUUAUAAAACAGGUCUUGUGAACAUAAA